AUGUGCCUAAUUUGCAUUGUCAAUUCGUUCUUUUUAAGGGGCGAGCAGACUGUAAAGCUCACUGUCACCAAGGGCGGACCUCUGCCAUUUGCUUGGGAUAUUUUAUCACCACAGUCUCAGUACGGAAGCAUACCAUUCACCAAGUACCCUGAAGACAUCCCUGACUAUGUAAAGCAGUCAUUCCCUGAGGGAUAUACAUGGGAGAGGAUCAUGAGCUUUGAAGAUGGUGCAGUAUGUACUGUCAGCAAUGAUUCCAGGUACAUCGCGGAAAACUAAGUUAAUUGAGUUUAGUUUCCGCAAAAGCAGAAUGUCAGAACUGGAAAGCGUUUUCCUUCCUAUUAGAAAUUGCUAAGAAAUGUCAGCAGAUCAGUCUCACUUUCUCUUCGUUAAAAAUGGCGAAUCGUAGAAUCGCAUGCGCUGUAGAGUAUCAUUAUAAAAAAUAUCAACAACUAUUCCAUUGAACUUUGUUAAAACAUUUUUUCAUCUCUUUUUCAAAAGCAUCCAAGGCAACUGUUUCAUCUACCAUGUCAAGUUCUCUGGUUUGAACUUUCCGGCCAAUGGACCUGUUAUGCAGAAGAAGACACAGGGCUGGGAACCCAACACUGAGCGUCUUUAUGCACGAGAUGGAAUGCUGAUAGGAAACAACUUUAUGGCUCUGAAGUUGGAAGGAGGUGGUCAUUAUUUGUGUGAAUUCAAAUCUACUUACAAGUAAGAUAUCACAAUUCUCAUUUAACCCAUUAAAGAGGGAACGUAAAUGUGGGUUUUCCGUUUCAUCUGGCCGCUUAUCUGAAGGCCACGAUUCAGGAUUUUAAAGAAAAACGGGCCAAGAUCAUUUUAGGUUCAUAUAUAUGAACAAGAAAAGAGAUUUUAAGAUUUCACAUUUUUGGAGUAAAGAAUUGUUUCAAAUUAAAAGGAAAUUUAGAGAAAAAAUAGAUUAUGUGUAAUCAAAUUGUGUGCCAUACAUGAUCAGUUCUUCCAAUUCGUUUUUUUAAGAACUAGUUAACGUUUCAAGUUUCGGACUAGAUUUCAGUGCUGUUUUGUUUUAGUGUCUCCUUGAGGACACUUUUUGUCUUAAAUACUGUGUACAGAUUUUCAAACUAUCUGCAGCACCUCUUGGGCCUAAAAAUAGCCCCAACUCCAUCCCCUUCUUGGAUUUCUAUGUCUUUGUUUGGGGCAAAGGGUGAGCUAUUGUAUAGAAGAAGAGGAUUGCGAUUAGAAAUUAAAGGUAUAUGCAUGGUGAAGAUUUAAGGUGAUGGUGUGCCUUAUAAGCGAUCUUAUGUUUUGUUUUUCUUUUGUUAGGGCAAAGAAGCAUGUGAAGAUGCCAGGGUAUCACUAUGUUGACCGCAAACUGGAUGUAACCAGUCAUAACAAGGAUUACACAUCCGUUGAGCAGUGUGAAAUAUCCAUUGCACGCCACUCUUUGCUCGGCUGACUGCCUUGCGGAGUUAAGUCGAGGCAGAAAUACGCAGUGCCGUAAAAAACGUAGAUUGACGUAGAGUGUAAUAGACAAAUCAUGUUAUGAUCAGUUUCUUUUAAAAUUCAGUUUUUUUUGCAAGGUAAAAGAAAAUCAAUUUCUUUCCGAAUCCAGGAAGUGUUCUGUCCUAUGUUAUGUUAUCACAUUUUAUAAAGGAUAGUAUUCAGUACUGGUAUUCAGCUUAUCUCUAUAUUUAGCCUGUAACAUUAGAUAGGAAUGAUUAUCUAGAUCCAGCAAUAAAGUCCUUACUAAGCCUUUUUUGUUUUCACUAAGCUCCUUACGAGUAAGUUUCUGUUUAAUAGAUGUUAUAUAUUUUUUAUACUUGUUCAAUGUACGUUGGUUUCCGUUCAGUGCAUGAAGGGUUUUCGCAGCUUACCCUUAAUUACUUUUAAAAUACCAUGACACUUUGGACGAUGUUUUUGGAAAGGGAUUUGGGAGACGAGGCAGAAUUACGAUAGAACAAGUGAGCAGCAAAGCGUUACCAGCGUUAUAUUUCAUGGACAUUUGUUUAAAUUUUUUAUAUGUGAACCAAACUAAUAGCCUGCGAACCGCAGACGUAUUUCCUACCAAACUGAACGCUAUCAUGCAAAGUUAACCUCUACGUUAGUGUAAUAAAAUAGAUAACCAUAUCACAUCCACAAAGCUGACAAAGGGGUUUCUUGUCUACCAUCCCCGAUGGAAUUGAUAUUUGAAAUUGUGUCUUUUUGAGAAAAGGGGGAAACAAACCGGAGAAGUAAGAGAAAAUCCUGUGAGAGUAAGAAUUAUACACCUUUUAACAAGACCCAUCGAGCAUUGCUCAACCUUUUCUAAUCAAUAAGGCACCAUAAUAUAAAAAUGUGCCUAAUUUGCAGUGCCAACUCUUCUCUUUAAGGGGCGAACAGACUGUAAAGCUCACUGUCACCAAGGGCGGACCUCUGCCGCUUGCAUGGGAUAUUUUAUCACCACAGAGUCAGUACGGAAGCAUACCAUUCACCGAGUACCCUGAAGACAUCCCUGAUUAUGUAAAGCAGUCAUUUCCUCAGGGAUCACAUGGGAGAGGAUCAUGAACCAGGGGCACGCAACGAGAAUAUAGUUCAAAACCACUUAAACAAAGCAUAUUGUUGAAGGUAUUUUAGUAUUUAAACGGUAGAUAUAGGGAUAUUUUUAUCCCCUAAAAAUUUUUCAUCUGUUCAGAUUUCCUAGCUGAAAGUCUCGUGAUCCGAAAAUUAUAGGGAUCAGAACUUACCUUCUCGAAAAUUUCAGCUAGAAAAAAGGUUCCCGAAAAUAGUUGACCUUUAUAGGAUAAAAAUCCGUUAAAAAUGGGCAAUUAUAUCAUUUUUUAGAUGUUCGAAAAUCCUAGGAGAGGCAGGUAAGAAAGAAUUUUGCAACAAUUGUUCUGAAAAUUCUAGAUCUCAAAUCGUCUUACGAACAGAUAUUUUCCGAAAAUUUACGUUAGGUGCCCCUGAUGAACUUUGAAGACGGUGCAGAAUGUAUUGUCAGUAAUGAUUUCAGGUACAUUGAAAACAUAGUUAACUGAAUUUAGUAACCAAUCGAUUUUUCGCUAAACGAUGAAUGUCAGUACAGGAGAGUGUUUUCCUCCCCUUAGAAUAAACUAACAUUUUCGCUAAUAAAUGUCAGUAGCUCAGUCUCCGUUUGUCUUCGUUAGAAAUGGCAAAUGGCACACCAGGCGGUAGCGAUUUGCUCACGCGCUGUAAAGUAUCAUGAUGAAAAUUAUCCACAACCAUUCCAUAGCACUUUGUUAUUAUUUUUUUUUUUCACCUCUUCUUUAUAAGCAUCCAAGGCAACUGUUUCAUCUACAAUGUCAAGUUCACUGGUUUGAACUUUCCUCCCAAUGGACCUGUUAUGCAGAAGAAGACACAAGGCUGGGAACCCAACACUGAACGUCUUUAUGCACGAGAUGAAAUGCUGAUAGGAAACAACUUUAUGGCCCUGAAGUUGGAAGGAGGUGGUCAUUAUACCUGUGAAUUCAUAUCUUCCUACAAGUACGUUAUCCCAAUUACUAUUUAACCAUUAAAGAAGAACCGCAGAUCGCAAAUGGAGGUCAGUUUUCGUGAUCUAGCUUAUGUGAAAGCCACGAUUCGGGAUUUUAUAAGCAAAAAGAGCCUCGAUUUAGUUUAAUAAAUAUAAAAGGGAUACGGGUUUGAGGGAGUUUACAUUGCGAGAUUGAAGAAAAAAACUAUAUAUUGUUGAAAAGAAUUGGUAUUCGGUAGAAAGUACUGAAACGUUUUUUAAAUUUUGGCUUCAGACACAAGUUGGCCACAAUUUGUCGACACUGUCAUGAUCAUGAUUCAGGUCAUUCACGCAAUGCUACUCACUCCCUUUCCCGUCUAAUGGACUUGCUCGAGGUCAUGUUCCGGACAUCGUCAAACCGUUGUUAUUCUUACGAAAUAUUACAUAUUUGUUUGUAAGAAAAAAAAAGAAUAAAUCUGUGCACACAAAAAGGAAAAAAAUCGCUUGUUAGAAAUUGACAAUGAAGAACUCCAUAAAAAUAUUUGAUGGUGGUGAUUUGGGGUGAUAUUUUUUUAUAAAUUAACGUAUACGGCGAAGAGGAAAGGUGUGAGUAAGCAAGCAAGUAAGGAUCUUUGUUAAAAAAGGAGAACGUGGAGAACGCUUGCCUUGUCUCCCGAAAACGAUCGAACGAUAAAAUUAAAGAAGAGUAUAUUUUGGUCAAAGCUGAUGGUUGUCGUCAAAGAUAGUUUGGGUUAUUUUCGAUCUUACGGACGUUAAGGGUUUUUGUUUUUUCUUUUGUUAGGGCAAAGAAGCCUGUGAAGAUUCCAGGGUAUCACUAUGUUGACCGCAAACUGGAUGUAACCAGUCAAAACAAGGAUUACACUUCCGCUGAGCAGUGUGGAAUUUCCAUUGCACGCAAACCUGUGGUCGCCUGACUUUUUUUCAGAGUCAAAUUAAGGCAGAAAUACGCAGUGGCGUAAUUCGAUUCAAUUUUCAAUUGAAUUCAAUUUUAGUCACACUUUUGUAAAGUACUUACAUUAUACAUAGUAAGGUAGGAAUAUACCAAUAAAGAAGAAGGAGAAGGAAAAAAGAAAAUUAAUGGCUUGGGUAGAAGUGUACGGUGGUAGAGAUGCUAAGCUUUCGAGCUAACCACCGCUAUAUUAUGAUUGGAAAUACAUAAUAAGUGGGCGCUUGGUGCAAUUGCAACUAUGGACGAUUAUGACAGUAGUCAUUUUAUGUGAAAUAGUCAUAUUACGUUGUUACCUUUGAAAGUUAACUAGAAUUCGCUCCUUUUUGAACUGAUGGUAGCUAAGUGUUUUUAUCUUAGUAGGAAUCACUUCCCAAGUUUUGGUUAUGGCAAACUUAAAUGUGUGUUUGCCGUAAUUUGACCUUACACGUGUUACACGAAAGUUAAGAUUUGAGGCAUAUCUGGCAUUAUGUGCGUGAAUGUCAGACACCUUCACGAGGUAGUUUUGAAACACUUCAGGAAUAUUGGCUUCAUUUUGUGAGCUAGCAGGGAGAUUUUGAGUUUGAAAAGCGUAGAUUUUGAUUUUAGCUAAAAAUACGUACGACGAAAGAAUUGUAAACAACAUUUGAUGAUUAAACUUUUGAAAUG